GCUUUAGCGAUACAACGGUUUCGAAAAUUUUCAAAUUAUCUCUUCUCCGAAUGGGCGUCACGCGUACAGUGAAGAAGGCGGGCAGUGGCGCCACACCGAAGCCUGGGCAAACGAUCACGGUGCACUGCACUGGCUAUCUCGCCGAUGGUAAGAAGAAGUUCUGGUCCACCCACGAUGACAACAACCCUUUUUCUUUCAACGUGGGCCUCGGACAGGUCAUCCGCGGUUGGGAUGAAGGCAUGCUGCAGAUGCAGCCAGGUGAAACGGCCGAGCUGCUCAUGACGCCCGACUUCGCGUACGGUGCUCGCGGCUUCCCUGCGUGGAAUAUCCCACCGAACGCCCCACUGCUGUUCGAAAUUGAGCUGCUGAAGAUUCAGUAA